CCCGUCCCCGCGCACGUGUGGCCGCGUCCGGGACGGCGGAAGAGGAGGUUGUCGGCAGCCACAGCCCCGAUGGCUGGUCCCUUGUGGCGGGCUGCAGCAUUUGUGCAGAGACACAGGACUGGCCUCUUGGUGGGUUCCUGCGCAGGCCUGUUUGGGGCUCAAGUCUCAUACCACCUCUUCCCGGACCCUGUGGUCCGAUGGCUCUACCAGUACUGGCCCCAGGGCCAGCCGGCCGCACUCUCCCCGGAGCUGCACAGCCUCUUCCAGGAAGUGCUGCAUGACCUGGGAGUCCCCUCAGGACACUGCUACAAGCCCUUCACCACCUUCACCUUCCAGCCUGUGAGUGCUGGCUCCCCGAGACUUCCUGCUGGCGCCGUGGUGGGCAUCCCUGCCACUUUUCUGGGGGGCCUGGUGACCAGCACUGAGCAGCCUGUGGUCGUGCAUGGGCAGAGAGUGGACUGGCAGAGCCCAGCAGGUGCCCGGCUGAGAGACGCUCUGACCUUGUCCCACGACGCCCAGAAGUUCGCCUUGGCCAAGGAGGUGGUGUACCUGGAGAGCAGCGCCGCCGCCCUGCAGGCCCUGCCAGCCCCAGCCUGCCUGGCUGCAACCUGGGCCCUGAGCGUGGGCGCCAAGCAAGCACUGGGGCUCUACGGAGGGCCCAUGAACCUCCGCGCUGCCUUCAACCUGGUGGCUGCGGUGGCAGGUUUUGUGGCCUAUGCCUUCUCCACCGACUCUCUCACCCAUGCCCUGGAAGCCUGGCUGGACCGCCGCGCAGCCUCCCUGUCCACAGCCUACGCCCAGGGUGGGGUGGAAUUCUACGAGAAGAUUCUGUCGGGCAACCUGGCCGUGCGUAGCGCCCUGGGACCGCGUGGGGAACAGCUGUACACCCCCAGCGGGAACGUCGUCCCCAGACACUGGUUCCGCAUCAAGCACUUGCCCUACACCACGCGCCGGGACUCUGUGCUGCAGGUGUGGAGGGCGACGCUCAAUCUGGGCCACUCCUGAGGGCUUGGUGCUCGGGCACUUCCGGCUUGGGCAGGCUCUGCCCUGCCGUGCACCCUCAGUGGGUCUUUCAGUGCUGCACCCAUGGGCCCAGAUUAACAGCCUGGCUUCUACCUGUGAAUGGGGCAGAGUGUGAACCCCCUAGCAGGAUCUUAGGGUUGUGUGAAGCCUGGCACAGAGGGCAUCUACACAAAUAGGAUGUCCCUCCCUCGUAGUGAGCAGCAGUGGACGUGGGGCUGGGCCACACCCCUGUGCCAGCAGUGAUGCCAGCCUGGGAACUCUUUGCUAGGGCAGAGAACUGUUUCCCACCACCACCCGUUCUGCUGGGGGCUCAGUUCCCAGUGAUAGAGCUUCAAAGAUGAGAAGGUCAUGUGGGGGUGAGGCUUCUAUAAGCUGCACCUUUGGGUGAUGGACCAGUGAGGGUCCUAUGGUCACAGAUGGCAUGCUCAGGGGAGAUGCAAGGCUGGUGGGCACCAGGAGAGCCCCCGGGUAUUCCCAGCACCUGGCAGGAGGUCUAGCUGAGGGCAAAAGAAGAACAAACCAUUUCAGGAUGGAGACCCUGCUGCUGAUAAGGUCCAGGGCCUGGAGAAGAGAGGAGAAUGGUGGAUCAAGCCUGGUGUCACACUUGGGAUCGGUGGCUGGUGCAGUGCGGAGCCCUAGCCUGGCUCCCUGGACGGGGCACUCCAGCAGGGCAAGGGGAAGAGAGCUGUAAUCAGCAAGGCAGGCCAGCCUGGUCCUUGUCAUUGGGCAUUGCUUUGUCUGGGAGAGUUUUGAAGAACUCAGGCCUGUCGCAGUGUAACCAGGGCAGGGGAAGGGUAGGCCACACUGGGAAGGGUGCCCCGUGGUGGCACAUGGUAGUGACACGAGGCAGAGAAGCGGGAGCCAGGCAGCACUCAGGGAGGGGCUGGGGACGGCCUGCCUUGCUGCAGGGACUGUCCCUGGGGCCGGAGCUCAGUGUCUGUGCAGGCCCAGGUCCUGCUGUGUGGCUUCUGCACACGCUCCCGCUGUUGUCAUGCCAUUCGCCCCGAGGCCUCCCCAGAGCCACACAAAAGCUGGCACUGUGCUCUUGGACUUCCAGAACUGUGAACCAAAUAAAUC